AAAUUACGAGAUUAAUUUUUUAGUUUAGUUAAUUAAAACAUUGACGAAAAGAUAACGCGUUAUCUAAAAUAGGUCUUUUGACGUUUAUCUGAUAUUCAAAUCACUCUGAUUUGCUCUUGCUCUAAGAAAUCUUGUGAAAAUCUUUCUUUUUUGUUAUCAGUCAUCAUAUCAAGAUUAUAUCAUAUCUGUAAUUCUCUAAAAUUGCUCAACUAGUGUAAAUUCGUAAACUAAGAUGCUGAUAACAAGACUGAACAAUUUGCGGCGGUUAUGCAAAGUGCCGUGGCGCGGGCUGGCGACGGCUCCAGAAGGGCCGGUAGUGUUCGAGAAGCUAUCUGGCGAGGAUAAGGGUAUCGCGGUGUAUGGGCUGAACGCCGGCGCCACGCGCAACGCGCUCAGCCACGACAUGGUCGACGCUAUGCGCGAGGUCAAUCAGCUGUUGCGGGAGGAUACUAAGAUUUCUGUUGUCAUACUGUACAGCUUGGUGCCUGGGAUAUUCUGCGCUGGUGCAAACUUGAAAGAAAGGUUUAAAAUGCCUGAUGAAGAGGUUGCCAGAUUUGUUCGAAGAUUAAGAGAGACAUUAAUUGAAAUUGAGGACCUUCCGAUGCCAACGAUUGCGGCCAUUGAAGGAGUGGCUGUCGGAGGAGGCUUGGAGUUAGCACUAGCUUGUGACAUCCGUGUGGCUGCAGAGACGGCAAAGUUGGGCCUGGUGGAGACAGGUCGGGGACUGAUUCCUGGGGCUGGGGGUACGCAGAGACUACCCAGGGUCAUCCAUCCUAAUAUAGCUAAGGAGCUUAUCUAUACUUCCAGAAUUAUCAGUGGUGCUGAAGCCAAAGCUAUGGGCAUCGCAAACCAUGUUGUGCCACAGAACAGCAAUAAGAAUGCAGCUUACGAGAAGUCCUUAGAGCUGGCCCGGGAGAUAAUCCCCAACGCUCCAAUAGCCCUCCGCUGCGCCAAGCAAGCCAUCAACGAGGGUGUGCAGGGCAGCAUCAAAGACGGCUAUGAGGUGGAACAGAAGUUCUACGAGCAGAACAUUCCUAUGAAGGAUCGGAUUGAGGGCAUGGUGUCGUUCAUUGAGAAGAGGAAACCUGUAUACAAGGGACACUAAAAUCUUCACAUCGGAUCUGCACGUCGGAGCGCUGUCCUGCUCGCAAACCGAUCCAGAUCAGUGUUAUAGUUAUGACAUACUAUAGUUAUGACUCAUAACUAUAGUUGGUCAAGCAAAUCUUGUCAGUAGACAGUAGUUUUCUACUGACAAGAUUUGCUUGACAGACUAUAUUGCUACUUUGGUGCCAUAUAAGUGCUACAUACGUCUAAUUAAUUAAUUACA